AGCACCCUAGUCACACCCUAGCCGCCGCCUCCACCUCCAGUCCUUCCCCCACCGGCGCCACCCUCAGCCGCCGCCUCGCCCUCCAUAUCCCACCUCGCCUCUGCCUGCAUAUCCCCUAGCCGCGGCAUCUAUCCAUGACGGAGCUAAACCCUAAGCCCAAGUCCGCAAAGAAAGCGAGGAAGGCCGCCGCCGGUGGGGAGGAGAAGGGCAUGGAUGCGCUCAAGUCCGAUGUAAUCCCCAAGCUGAAGUCCAGCAAGAAAUCAAAGAAGCCCGCCGCCGAGGAGGGUGAAGAUAAGGGUGCGGACGUGCUCAAGUCCGACGUAAGUCCGGAACCGAAGUCCACCAAGAAGAAGAAGAAGAAGAAGAAGUCCGCCGCCGGUGGGGAGGAGGAUGACAUUGACGCGAUCAAGUCCGACGUCGCCUCGUUCGCCUCGUCGCUGGGACUUGUCCCCGGCGCCGGCAACUCCUCCGGGUUCGACGACUCCGACUUCCGCAAGUCCGGCCCCAUGAGCGCCCCCAAACCGCCCAAGCACCCCCAAACCCCAGAAGCGCCCGCAAACACCGAACCCCCCCAAAACCCUAAACCUACCAAGAAACCGCAUCCUCUCGAGCUCCAUGGCCCUCGUACCGCCGCCACCACCAGUGCCACCACCAGUGCCACCACCAAUUACCCGCUGGUAAAGGCGGGUGCUCUCUCCGGGCAGUGGUACGCUGAUGCUGCUGAGCUGGAGGCCAGGGUCCUAGGCGACCGUAAGCAUGCCGCACCAGCAGUGGGGCUUCAGGAGAUGCAGCGGAUGGUGGAGCGGAAGCGGGAGCUGGCAGAGAAGCUCAUGGCGCAGUACUCGAGGGAGUAUGACUCGGUGCGGCGGGGAACUGGUGAUCUGAAGCUCCUGGAAAUGUCGGCCAAGUCUGGUACAUCAGCCGAUAAGGUGUCGGCGUUCACAUGUCUAGUCGAGGACAAUCCAAUAGCAAACAUGAGGGCGCUUGACUCUCUCCUCGGUAUGGUUGCAUCAAAGGUUGGUAAAAGGUAUGCAUUCACAGGCUUUGAUGCAUUGAGGGAGUUGUUCGAAAUGAGGUUAUUGCCUGAUCGUAAGUUGAAAAGUCUUAUUCAGCGCCCAUUAGACAUUUUACCUGAAACAAAAGAUGGCUACUCGCUUCUCCUAUUCUGGCAUUGGGAAGACUGCUUGAAACAGAGGUAUGAGAAGUUUGUUAUUGCACUGGAGGUUGCGUUAAAAGAUAUGCUGCCAAGCCUUAAGGACAAAGCAAUGAAGACAGUUUCUGCCCUUCUAAAGAGUAAAUCUGAACAGGAACGCCGGUUACUUACAGCUCUUGUUAACAAACUUGGAGAUCCUGAAAGGAGGGCAGCAUCAAGUGCCGCGUAUCUGUUAACAGGUCUUCUGUCCACUCAUCCAAAUAUGAAGAUGGUUGUGAUAGAUGAGGUGGACUCAUUUCUGUUCAGACCACAUGUUGGGCUUCGGGCCAAAUACCAAGCCGUCAACUUUUUGAGCCAUAUUUUUCUUACCAGUAAAGGAGAUGGACCUAAAAUUGCAAAACGGUUGGUGGAUGUCUACAUUGCGGUUUUCAAGGUACUCAUGUCUUGCCCUCGUGAUAGUAAAGGAGAAAAACAAAGUAAACAUGGCAAGAAAAAGGUUGAAAAUGGGAAAACAAAGGGGCGAGAGGACAAGGUCAACGACUCUAAUUCACAUGGAAACCAUGAAAUGGAUCCACCAGCAGGAACAGAUUUAGAGAUGGAUUCCCGCCUUCUCUCUGCACUUUUAUCUGGCGUAAAUAGAGCGCUACCAUAUGUUGCAAGCUCUGAAGUUGAUGAUAUUGUGGAAGUUCAGACACCAAUUCUUUUUAGACUGGUUCACUCUGAGAACUUCAAUGUUGGUGUUCAGGCGUUAAUGCUUUUAUAUCAGAUCUCCACAAAAAAUCAGAUAGCAAGUGACCGUUUUUACCGCGCGUUAUAUGCGAAACUUUUGAGUCCUUCAGCUGUUUCUUCAUCAAAGCCGGAAUUAUUUCUGGGUCUGUUGGUGAAAGCAAUGAAGAACGAUGUAAUGCUGAAGAGAGUAGCUGCAUUUUCGAAGCGUCUGCUUCAGGUUGCUCUUCAACGCCCUCCACAGUAUGCUUGUGGAUGCCUUUUCAUACUGUCUGAGGUCCUUAAAACAAAGCCACCAUUAUGGACGAUUGUGCUCCAGAAUGAAUCUGUCGAUGAUGGUAUCGAACACUUCGAAGACAUUGUAGAGAAUCCUGAGGACCCUGCUAUUGCUUCAACAAGUCCAAUCAAACAGGAUAGUAUGUUGGCUUCACUUGAGAAAUACAAUUCUGACGGCGAGGAUGAUUCUGAUGCUACGAAACAAGUAAAAGUGUCCGCUAGUGAUGAGAACGGUCAAACCAAUGCAUCAGCUGAGGGGUCGACAUCACAUGUAUUAUAUAAUCCACGACACAGAGAGCCUUCUUACUGCAACGCAGAUCGUGCUAGUUGGUGGGAGCUAACGUUAUUGGCCUCACAUGUGCACCCGUCAGUAUUUACAAUGGCUAGGACAUUGCUAUCUGGAAACAAUAUUGUUUAUAAUGGUGAUCCAUUGACAGACCUGUCGCUUCCUGCCUUCCUUGACAAAUUCAUGGAGAAGAAACCAAAAGGAAACCGCAUCGCUGAAGGGAAAUGGCAUGGUGGAUCACAAAUUGCACCAGCUAAAAAGCUUGACCUGAAUCAUCAUCUCAUUGGACAAGAUCUGCUAGAAUUGGCAGAAAAUGAAGUUCCUCCAGAAGAUGUUGUUUUCCAUCGCUUCUACAUGAACAAGACAGGCCCUAUUAAGCCCAAGGCAAAGAAGAAAGCUUCAGUUCUGGAUGAAGAUACUGGAGAGCUCUUAGCUGAUGACGUUGAUGAUGGCAGUGAUGAAAGUGAUGACGAGAUGCAGGAGCUGGAUGAAAGUGAUGACGAGAUGCAGGAGCUGGAAGAUGAGUCCGCGGAGGAUGGAGAAUAUGACUACGACAAUCUGGACGCCAAGGCAUUUGAGGAGGAAGGGGAUUUGCUUAGAGAUGACAGUGAUGCUGAUGUGUUGGAUGACAUUUCAGAUGACGACGAGGAUGAUGAUGAAGAUGAUGGUCUUAACUUGUCGUAUGUGGACGAGAGUGCUGACGAUUCAGAUGAUGAUGUUACCGAUGUAAAGGCUGCAGCUGCAGCCCGUGGGCAAAAGCGAAAGAGCCGCUCAACUCCAUUUGCAAGUCUAGAAGAGUACGAACAUCUCAUGGAGGGGGAGGCCGAGAAGUCUACUUUGAAGAAGCAGCAGCGGAAGCACAAGGAAGCUGGGGACAGUAUGGGCCGUAAGGAGAGAGGACAGAAACAGUCGGGAUCACGAAAGAGAAAGUCCCAAGAGAUCUGAAUGAGAAUGAGCUUAUACCAUGCUGGGAAAUGUUUGUGGCGAUGUUGCUCGCUAAAGUUUUGUAGUUUUGGAAGACGCAAGCGGCUGGCAACAUGUUGGUCUACCUUCUGGCACUCGCCGCCACCAGUUCCUCUCCGCCCGUCCUUUUGCCGGUGGGGGCGCGCUAACUCUUGCAGGAAGAAAGAACGGCGUGUGAUCAGGCUCGGAGAAUUAAGCUUUCAGUCAUCAUCUCGUCUAGGCGUGUAACAGCUUGGAUUCUCUAAUUUUGACAUUUUCUCUAUGUUGCAAACAUUCUUUUUCCUACAUUAUGUAAACCGGGUGCCUGAAGAAGCUAUAUCCACCUAAAUUUGUUACUUUUUCAUAAAA